CUGCUGCCAACCUCUUCACACCACCGCCUCGCGCCUGCCCAGGAUUCCUGACCAGGUCCUAAAGGUGAAGGUUCUAGAUGCAAGAGAAACCAGAACAGUGUAGUCAUUUGCCAACACCCACUGAAGCUGACUCCUGUGACAUCUCUAGAUUCUUGGGCCGUCCUGGGCAGAAAGCCCAGGGCUCUCCUCCCAGACACACCAGGCGCCAUGGACUCCCCAGGGUACAACUGCUUUGUGGACAGGGACAAGAUGGAUGCUGCCAUCCAGGACCUGGGGCCCAAGGAGCUGAGCUGCACGGAGCUGCAGGAGCUGAAGCAGUUGGCGCGCCAGGGCUACUGGGCUCAGAGCCACGCCCUUCGGGGGAAGGUGUACCAGCGCCUGAUCCGAGACAUCCCCUGCCGCACAGUCACGCCGGAUGCCAGCGUGUACAGCGACAUCGUGGGCAAGAUCGUGGGCAAGCACAGCAGCAGCAGCCUGCCUUUGCCCGAGUUCGUAGACAACACACAGGUGCCCACCUACUGCCUGAAUGCCCGGGGUGAGGGCGCCGUGCGCAAGAUCCUCCUGUGCAUCGCCAACCAGUUCCCCGACAUCUCCUUCUGCCCCGCUCUGCCGGCUGUGGUGGCCCUGCUGCUGCACUACAGCAUCGACGAGGCCGAGUGCUUCGAGAAGGCCUGCCGCAUCCUAGCCUGCAACGACCCCAGCAAGAAGCUCAUCGACCAGAGCUUCCUGGCCUUCGAGUCCUCCUGCAUGACGUUCGGGGACCUGGUGAACAAGUACUGCCAGGCGGCCCACAAGCUCAUGGUGGCCGUGUCCGAGGAUGUCCUGCAGGUCUACUCUGACUGGCAGCGCUGGCUCUUCGGCGAGCUGCCCCUCAACUACUUUGCCCGGGUCUUUGAUGUCUUCCUCGUCGAAGGCUACAAGGUGUUGUACCGAGUUGCUCUGGCCAUCCUCAAAUUCUUCCACAAGGUGAGAGUGGGCCAGCCCCUCGAGUCAGACAACGUGAGACAGGACAUCCGCAUGUUCGUCAAGGACAUUGCCAAGACGGUGUCCCCCGAGAAGCUGCUGGAGAAGGCUUUCGCCAUCCGCCUCUUCUCCCGCAAGGAGAUCCAGCUCCUGCAGAUGGCCAAUGAGAAAGCGCUGAAGCAGAAGGGCAUCACCGUCAAGCAGAAGAGGCAGUUUGUGCACUUGGCCGUGCACGCAGAGAACUUCCACUCAGAGAUUGUCAGCGUGAAGGAGAUGAGAGACAUCUGGUCGUGGGUCCCGGAGCGAUUUGCCCUCUGCCAGCCCCUCCUUCUCUUCUCCUCCCUGCAGCACGGGUACAGCCUGACCAGGUUCUACUUCCAGUGCGAACGGCAUGAGCCCACCCUCCUGCUCAUCAAGACCACGCAGAAGGAGGUGUGUGGCGCCUACCUCUCAACAGACUGGAGCGAGAGGAAUAAGUUUGGCGGCAAACUCUGCUUCUUUGGGACUGGAGAAUGCUUCGUGUUCCGGCUGCAGCCAGAGGUGCAGCGUUAUGAGUGGGUGGUCAUCAAGCACCCAGAGCUGAGCAAGCAGACAGCAUCCUUCCUGUCCUCAGAGACCACUGCCACUCCCUCCCCCUUCAGCCACCCCGUGUCCUCAGACCCCGCUGACCGGCUCUCCCCCUUCCUGGCUGCUCGGCACUUCAACCUGCCCUCCAAGACCGAGUCCAUGUUCAUGGCGGGGGGCAGCGACUGCCUCAUCAUCGGGGGAGGUGGCGGCCAGGCGCUCUACAUCGAUGGGGACUUGAACCGGGGCCGCACCGGGCACUGCGACACCUUUAACAACCAGCCCCUGUGCUCCGAGAACUUCCUCAUUGCCGCCAUAGAGGCCUGGGGCUUCCAAGACCCCGACACCCAGUGACGGCCUCUGCUGACGGUGACUGAGCCGCGGCUCUGGGCAGAGCCAGAAACUCUCGCCAAGCCUGGUUGAGAGUCCACAGCUGAGGAGGUGCAUCCGGGCGGCCUUCCUCCAUUACCAAGGACCUUCUGGAGAUGCGUGGACUCGUGGGGGCUGCCCGGCCCCCUCCAGCCCCCCGCAGUCUCUGUGCUGCUCUCCCUCCCUCCCUGUGGCUGCAGAAGCUGGGCCACGCCCGCGCCGUCAGCAUGGCUUGCCUCCUCAGCCCGACCCCUCCCUGCUCUUCAUCGGGCCCUGUGCCCACGUCCUGCCCACCCAGCACCUCUGCCACUACUCUGCUUGGACGUUUGACCCCUCCCUAGCCCCCCGUGUCUGGCACUGUGGCUUGCCAUGUGCCACAGUCUUCUGCGUGCUGCCCCCUGUCCCUGUGGCCUUCCGGCCACCGAAGCCUGCACUGGCCCAGUGCACUGUGAGUACUGUGAGCACUUCAGGAAGCGCCACCUCCCCAUGACCCCCCCUAGGGCUCCACAGAGGGAAGAAGGGAGAGGCAGUGACUCAACUGGCUACCUGGGGGCCCGGAGGCCUGGGUCUCGGGCACAGGCCUGAGUCCCGCUGCACAUGGCUGCCGCUAGCACGCCUCAGAGAUGCCAUGUGCCAGGCCAGGGCUCUGUCUGCGGGCUCAUCCCACCCUGCAGCAGGGUUACGGCGACGCCUGCCAGACCCAGGGCAGGGA